AAAAUUGAAAUUUCAAAAUUGAGUUUGAGACUACAUUUCAGCCAUUUUGGGUCAUUGAGUGCAACAUAUUUUGCAAGAGCAAAGUUUGAUUUUGGGUCGAAAAGAACUGAACAUAUCUCUUUCAGGAUGUCAGAAACAAAGGUUUACACACUUGAGGAAGUAAAGAAACAUAAUAACGGUAAAUCAUCGUGGAUAAUCCUGCAUGACAAAGUUUACGAUGUUACUAGAUUCCUUGAAGAGCACCCAGGUGGUGAAGAAGUCUUAUUAGAACAAUCAGGUACAUAUGCCACAGAAUCAUUUGAAGAUGUAGGCCAUUCAACAGAUGCCAGAGAACUAUUGGGCGACUACCUUAUAGGAGAUAUAGCUGAGGCUGAUAAAGAAAAACCUUCAACAAAGGCCCCCACAGUUUAUUCUACAGAUACUGAGAAAAAUUCAUGGUCCAGUUGGCUUAUUCCACUAGCAAUCGCCAUAGCAGCAGCACUAGUAUACCGUUAUGUAUCAGCGCCAGUUGCCACUUAGAUCAAGCAAUCACAAUACAGGAGACAAUUCCAGAAAUUAAAUGUGGACCGUGAAAUAUUGAAAAGUGUUUUCAUUUGAGAAAGAAUUAAAGAUGGAUUAGAAUUAAAGACGGAUUAAAGAACCUUUGGUCAGAUUGAAGAAUUGGGCUUCAAGUGAAAAUGAAUAAAUAAUGAUAAUAUAUAAAUAUGAUAAUACUAAUAUAUGAUGAUAUAUUAAUGUGAUAAUGCUAAUAUAUGACAAUAUAUUAUUCAAUAACGAUUAGUAAGGAGCUAUCUAUAAUUGGGUCAUUCAACAAUUAUUGUAGACUGCUUCUAGACAUCUAGGAGUUGUCUUAGGUGUUAUGUCUGAGAUUACGAAAUGUUCAGGGUAUAGAGAGAAUGAGUGGGAUAGGGUCAUGUGAUCAAGAGUUUCGUCUUCCCAGUGUAUGAUGGGAUGUCUUGUCAUAUCUUAAAAAUAGAUGUACAGUAAUACCUGUCUAUAAUGAACAACUUGGACCAUGUAAACAGUCCAAAAUACAAAAACUUAAUUCAGAU